AUGGAUCAAACUCAACCGAUACCAGCAUAUGAUGUACAACCAGUAGAGGGAGUGGUUGUGGAACAUCAUCGACACCAUAGUUCUCAUCAUCACCAUCACCACGAAAGCGAGACUGAAAAUAUUCAGCCUCAACAACAAUCCACAUCCAUUAAUCCUCAAAUAGCAGCCGGACCUUAUGGACAACACUAUCAACCACAACCAACAUUACAAGUCGCACCGCAACAGCAAUAUUCACAACAACAACAGCCGCAACACCAAUAUUCACAACAACAGUAUUCACAACAACAACAUUUACAGCAGCAGCAACAUUUACAGCCAUCGACAGGACAAAAUCCAUACCAAGGUGUUCAACCGACGAGUUCAUUUCAUUCUGUUUCAAGUAUCGAUUCCUCUGCUGAAAUGUCAAAAUAUUUUCCAGAUGCACAGACGCCAAGUCGAUCGCCGUUUAGACAUCAUCAAGCAGGAGAAGGUGGAACUCUAUCAUCUCAUCAAACACAAGCUUCAACGACAGGAACAAGUUACGCGCCGAACAGUGCUGUUGGACCUUAUGUGAAUGUACAACAACUACAACAACAACAACAAUACCAACAGCAACCACCACGACCCGUUUACACGCAAGGUGUGCCAAUAAGACAACCGGUUAGACCUGUAUUACCGUCUACAUAUCCUCAACAACAAUUUUCAAGAAUGCCUGCGCCUCAAAGACCUAUUCGUCCUCCAAGGCCACAGGGUAUUCCAAGUUUUCCGGCACAAAUCGAAGCUAUACAAGUACCACAAGCACUUGUCAACGAUGUGCUAGUUAAUUUACAAACAAAAGUUAUCAAUGAAUCUAUGCAAAGUCUUCAUGGUGAUGAUCAGACAUCCGGUAAUAUCCACUUAGAACCACUACCACCAAUAUACAUAUCGGCUCCUCAGCCAACGGUUAUACAUGGAUCCGAUCUGCGACGCUUACGUGCUGAAUUAGGCAAUAGAGCCAAGCGACCAGAUUGUCAUCCGCCACCGAGAUACAGAUGUCAAAACAGUCAAAUAAAUAAUGAUCUAGACCCUUCUCAACAACAUACAGCGGAAGAAACACUCGAUCAAUUACUACCACAGACGAGCUCAGAUGUCUGUGAUAAUAUCGGAUUACCGACUGACCAAACUCAAUACCAACAUUAUUCAACAAUUCCUCAACAAGACAUUCUCUAUCAAAAAUGUGCGAAUGAACAACCACUUUCUACAGAUGAGAAUAUAAAUCAUUCCAAAUUAUUUUUUGAACAACCCGACUCUAGUGAACGAAUAUUACCAGAAGGAACUAAUCAAAUUCCUCCUUCUGUUGUCAACGAAAAUAUUCGUUCGAGUCAAUCGUUCCCGUUUAAUGAACAAUUCAGUUCAUUAUUGCAAGAACAGCAAAGUAAACAAUCACCACUACUAUUUGAUAGUGAUCCAUACAUAUCAUCUUAUAUGGGUCAUUCAUCAUUAGUUCCUCAACAAGAAAACCCUCAACCAUUACGCUUCAAUGAACACAUGCAACGGUCAUUUGAUAUGAAUGAAUGUAUAAAACGUUGCUUAGAAUCGCAACAACGAAGAAAAAAUGCUCCAAUAGAACAAACUAAUUUUGGUAUAGAUCAUCGUAACUAUUAUUCACAUCAAAUACCAAAUGAAAACACGCAACAAUUUGAUAUGACUGAGUACAUAAAUCGUUUUGAAUCAGAUAACUCAACGCAAAUACCAAUAUCAACUCAAAUUCAACAGUCGAAUCAAAUACUAACUACCGCGAUGCCCUUUUCCCAACAAACUACAAAUCAAAAUGUACAAGAAUCCGACACUAUCAACUACUCGAGUCAUUUACACUCUAACCAGCAGAGCAUCAUCAUGCCAACUGAAUCUGAGAAGUCAGUGACACAUUUCGAACAAAUAUCAACACCUAGCUCGUUUCCUUCUCAUCAAGUAAUUCAUCACGCAAACGACCAACAAUUCGAUGUGAACGACUAUUUGAGACGUUAUGCAUCGGGAGGAGCGACGCGAUUAACCGAAUCAACUGAAACUCUCAGAUUUCCAUCAGAUGCAACUAGUGUAAGAACAAAUGUUCCGUACCCUCAUCAAUUUCCUGUCGAAAGCGAACAACAGUUUGAUGUGAAUGACUAUUUGAGACGUUAUGAGUCGGAAGACGCGACGCGAUUAACCGAAUCAACUGAAACUCUCAGAUUUCCAUCAGAUACAGCUUGUGUGAGAACAAAUGUUCCGUACCCUCAUCAAUUUCCUGUCGAAAGCGAACAACAGUUUGAUGUGAAUGACUAUUUGAGACGUUAUGAGUCGGGAGAAGCGACACGGAUAGUCGAAUCAACUGAAACUCUCAAAUUUCCAUCAGAUACAGCUGGUGUGACAACAAAUGUUCCGUACCCUCAUCAAUUUCCUGUCCAAAGUGAACAACAGUUCGAUGUAAAUGACUAUUUGAGACAUUAUGAGUCGGAAGAAGCGACGCGAUUAACCGAAUCAACUGAAACUCCCAGAUUUCCAUCAGAUACAGCUGGUGUGACAACAAAUGUUCCGUACCCUCAUCAAUUUCCUGUCCAAAGUGAACAACAGUUCGAUGUAAAUGACUAUUUGAGACAUUAUGAGUCGGAAGAAGCGACGCGAUUAACCGAAUCAACUGAAACUCUCAAAUUUCCAUCAGAUACAGCUGGUGUGACAACAAAUGUUCCGUACCCUCAUCAAUUUUCGGACGAAAGCGAACAACAAUUCGAUGACUAUUUCAGACGUUAUGAAUCGAGAGAAGCGAAGCGAUUAGCCGGAUCAGCUGAAACUCCAAGAUUUCCAUCAGAUGCAGCUGGUGUGACAACAAAUGUUCCGUACCCUCAUCAAUUUCCUGUCCAAAGCGAACAACAAUUCGAUGUGAAUGACUAUUUGAGACGUUAUGAGUCGGGAGAAGCGACGCGAUUAACCGAAUCAACUGAAACUCCCAGAUUUCCAUCAGAUACAGCUGGUGUGACAACAAAUGUUUCAUAUCCUCAUCAAUUUCCUGUAUUUAACGAAAAACCAGGCACAGUUCACCCAACCCGUUGGGAAGAACUACCAUCGUUUCCUGAAGAUCAUACAGCAACAGAUAUUUUGCAGCGUUAUCCGCAAAUACUGCCACACCAGUUUGAUGCUAAUGAUUAUAUAAGUCGUUUUGUGACUGAAGAAGAACAGAUCAAGCCUUUCAUAGUACCUGUAAAUACUGAGCAAUCAAUAUCAGAUGCAGAUCAAAUACCUACACACAUCGUGGAUUCAUCCGUGGUUUCCCAUAACGUAGAUAAAAAUAUACAGUAUUUCGAUGUGUCAGAAUAUAAUACCGAUUCAUAUUUAGACAAAUCUGUAACUGAUCAAAUAACCUCACAGUCUAUAAACAAUUUGAAUUAUGAUCAACUGCCAGAACCAUCUGAAGCACGUGCUUUUUCAAACUUGGAUAAGUUCAAUAUUGAAGAUUACGUUAAAGGUUUCGAAUUUGAACAGGCUACAACGUCGAUACCUAAAGAUUCUGAACGUGAAUUCAAAGACCACGUAGGUCAACCACCAGACGGACGAAUCAACUUGAAUGCAUCAAAGUUUAGUAUUAACGGCUACACGGAUCAGUUCAAAAGCCAACCACCUCAGUUUGAAACUGAUCUCUAUCAGCCAUCAACAAUUAUGUUUCAUGAAAACAUUCAACAAGUACCACCAUUAAAUGACUUGAAUGAAUCUAUUCAACCAAGCUUUGAACAACAACAAAGAAUUCAAUUUCCACCGCGAUCAAUAUCAAUAGCGCGCGAUUAUAGUAUGCAUCAACUGCCGACGAACACAUCUCAACUGAUCACAGAUCCACAUUUUUCAACAACCACAAAUUAUUCACAGUCACAAUCAAAUAUUGAAGAUUAUGUGAACCAUUAUUUGACAAAAACUAAUACAAAUGAUUUUUAUGCUUCACAGCCAUCUUCUAACACUUACAUCCAACCUCAACAAUCCUUUAUAUCCGACGGAAGAAACGAAUUUCUUCAAGACAACGUAAACAUAAAAACACUAGAUGAUGCUAUCCCUUUUCUAUAUCCACCACCAAUUCAUGAUUAUGACAAAACUAGUAUUCAAAACAAUUGCACCACUUAUUACCCUCAACAAGAAGAAUUUCGUCGCGUUCAACCUUUUUAUGAAAACCGAAGAUUAAUAGAUCCGAGUUCCAUAGAAAACAAUUAUAAUUUGCAAUUACCAAUUACAUCACAGCCAAGCCAGGUUCAACCAUCAACAUUCUAUCCUCAUUUCUCGCAGACAAGCACCAGGUUAUAUGACAAACAGAAAGAUUUUCCACCACCACCCACAGACAUAACGCUGCCACAAGAUGAACAAAUGAAAGAUCGACACUUGUCAUCACAAAUGAAAAUAAUACCAAUAUCUGCAGAAUCUUGUAGUACCGAACCUGUUUCUAUACCAGUGCAGUUUAUUCAUCCAACAAAAAGAAGUCGAUCUUUACAGUCGCGAUAUCCCACUCAAAACUUUGAAUAUGACUUGAAUCAAACAAGUGUAGGACAAGCAAAUCAAUCAUCCACUGUUAGUUCCAAUCAAGAACAGAGGUUACCUCACUCAUCGUCCAUCCUAUCACAAGUGAAAAAUGAUUUAAGGUUACAUGACUAUUCAAAACCGUUUGAUAUCAAUAACUGUAUAAAACAAUGCUUUGAAAGUCAACGUAGACAAAAUGAUUAUCCUCAAAUGCCUUGUACUAAUUAUCAAAAAAAUUUUGCUCAUCCAUCUGUGCAUCGCGAUACAUAUCAACAAGACCCUAGAAAUAGCACUAGAAUCUCAUCAUUCAAUAUUCCUCCUCCUCAUCAUCAUUAUCAACAACAACAACAACAACAGCAGCAAGGUAUUUAUUGCAAACCACAAAUAAUCGAUCAUCCAGAACAAAAACAUUGGCAACAACAAAAGCCACAACAAAAUAGUUUUAGACCUGAUUCAUUCGGGACGAUGAUAUUAGAUAAAGAACAUCAUCGUCACCGUCAAAUAAGUCAACCGAUGCAUAAUUCAAGUAUACAAGACAAUGAUUUCACCUUGACGAAACAAAGUAAUACGUGCAAACCACAAUCAAGACAUCAACAACUCCCAACGUCAUCCCAAUCAGCGUCAUUUGCAUAUACACCGUCGUCAGAAAUACAAAAGAAAAAUUUGAUUUCUUUUCCAUUAUCGCAUUAUCGUCAAACUAACUUGGAACAUCCUUGUCAGCAACGACAUCGUACGUAUUCUCAGCCAAUACUACCAUUAAUUGGUAAUCAACAACCUCGUCGACAAAAUUUUCAAAGACCAUUAGGAAAGAAAAAAAUAAUGUCUAGAGCGUUUUCUGUACCACCUCAAUUACACAGUCGAGGACUACCAUAUCAUCAAAUACAACAUCCAUUUCGUCCGUUAGGCGAUGGGCGUUCAUAUGAAACAUAUGUUAAUUCAACAUCGAAUGAUGCAAGACUUGACCCACAAACGGGUUUGUGCACAGUGCCGUGUCCAGAAACGGUCAAAUAUGCACAUUUACCACCACAUUUAAGACCGGAAUUUGUCUGUUUCACACUACCACCGGCACACCUUUUACCACCUCUACCUCCUCCACCUCCUCCACUUCCUCCACCUCCUCCACCACCGCAGAGAGUAAAAAUUAUUCGACAAGUCGAACCAUGUUGUUGCACUUGCCGUUGUGUGCCAGGACGAACUUUAGUGAAAAAAGUUGUUUAUAAACAAAUUCAACAAGAACAACAACAAGAAUGUGAUUCACAAUAUAACUCUGCAGAUCUUAUGAACAGAUUACAAUCUCGUAUAAGAAUAAGAUAUGGUGAUGGUACAAUAGGCAGUGAUGAAGCAUUCCGUUUAGCUAAUUACAACGAGCCAACACGUAUACUCGAUUUUCCUGUUUAUUCAUCCGGUCCUGAACAACAAAAUUUAACACCACUUACUGCUUAUUAG